AUGUCAGGCAUCGGUGGGACCAUCGUGGAUAAGCCAAUGGUGAGAAAGGAAAAAGAUGAAUUGGCAGGAAAGUUCAGGUUUGGCAAAACCAUUUUGAUUACGGAUCUCAAUUACAAGUGCCAAGCGAACUCGGGGGGAACAACGAACAUCCAGUAUGGGCUCGAUGAGAUGGGAUAUGUCGUCACGGUAGUUGACAUCAACAGCUUCAAGAGCGUGACCAGAGCCCAGAAGUUCCUCGAUGCAGUCGAGCACUUGAUCAAGAGCGUGAUGCCAAACAUUACGGCCGAGGAGAAUGGUCGACAAGUUGGCGACGAGACCGAUCUUUGUGUCACUUUGCAAAGAUCCAAGAUUUCAUGGUAUCCGAUCGGGCAUUCAGGAAGUCGUCAUCGACUCAGCCGACAUCCUGAGAAGCUUCGGAAUCAUGGUUACAACUGA